UUGACCGAGGCUUAGGUCAGAGGCCGCCCGGCUGUGGACCGCUUACAACUUUAAAAGCAAGAAACAAUAAGGAUAGAACAUAGACACCCGGAAGAAAGCAGUCAGGGGGUUGUUAACGGGCGUGUGGAUGUUAAUUUCUUCGGGGUUUUGCAGGUCACGCGGCUUCGCUGGUUCCCCCGGGGCCACGCUUAGAACUGGCAGCUUCCAAGGGCUGGUCGCUUCUCCGCCGGAACCUGUGGCUCCGCAGGAACGUUGUGCCAGCCGGAGAGCCGCGGGGGCGUCUCCAAGUUAUGACGGCCCAAGUGGACGGGGCGUUUUCGGGAAGCAGGGGAGGGACCUCCAAUCCUGCAGCCGUGACGGCGGGGAUCAUCAUCAUUGGGGACGAGAUCCUAAAGGGUUACACUCAAGACACAAAUUCUUUUUUCAUGGCCCGGAAGCUCCGUUCGCUGGGCGUGAAGGUGGCCAAGAUCUCCGUGGUGCCGGACGAGGUGGACGCCAUAGCCACCGAGGUUACGUCUUUUGCCAGCAGGUUCACUUACGUCUUGACAUCGGGCGGCAUUGGCCCCACCCACGACGAUGUCACCUUUGAAGCCAUAGCAAAAGCCUUCGGAGAAAAAGUCCAACCCCACCCAGAACUGGUGGAGCUAGUCAAGAAAUUUUUCGGCAAGUCCCAGCCCGAAAGCCCCAAGAUGAAGCUGGCUUGUGUCCCCGAGUCGUCCCUUCUUAAUUACGGGGUAGACGAGAAGACAGGACGUACCUUCCCGUUCCCCCUCGUCAGCGUCCAGAACGUUUAUAUCUUCCCGGGCAUCCCGUCGCUGAUGAAACGGGCCCUGGAUGGUCUCGGGCAUCUCUUCCGCAAUGAGAAGACCCAGUUUUACUCCCAGGAGAUCUACGUGAACGCGGAAGAAACCCAGAUCGCUUCAGUGCUUAACCAAGCCAACGCCAAGUUUUGGCCCCGCACCAACCUGGGCUCGUACCCUGAUUGGGUCAGCAACUACCACCGAGUCAAACUGAUCCUUGACUCUGACUCCAAAGGGGAGCUGGACAAGGUGCACGCUUUCCUGAUGGAGAACUUGCCCCAGGGGGUAACGGUGCCCUUGGUGGCCAAUCCCGUCUCCCGGGCUGCUACGGAUGUCUACGGCUUGGCUGAAUCCGGUUCUCCUCUUGGGCAGAAGGUGGCAGCAGCAUUACGGACCAUUGAGGAAAGCUUGGAUAGCUACAGUCUCUCCAAAAUCUGUGUUGGCUUUAACGGCGGGAAAGACUGCACGGCCUUGUUGCAUCUGUGUUACGCUGCUGUGCAGAGGCGAUGUCCAGAGAGGCUGGAACAGCUGCAGGCUCUUUACGUCCGCAUCGUGCUUCCCUUUCCGGAGAUGGAAGAGUUCAUUCAAGACACGGCUCAGCGGUACAACCUUCGCAUUUGCGUGGUCCACGGGAACAUCAAAGAGGCUCUGGGCGUCCUGAAAACUCAGCAGCCGGAACUGGAGGCCGUGUUGAUGGGGACCCGUCGCACAGAUCCCUAUUCGUGCACCCUGACGCCUUUCUGUAUGACGGACCCCGAAUGGCCCCAGUAUAUGCGGGUCAGUCCUCUGCUGGACUGGAGUUACCACGAUAUAUGGAGCUUUCUUCGCGGCCUUUACAUUCCCUACUGCAUCCUGUACGACAAGGGUUAUACCUCGCUGGGCAGCACGACCAACACGCAGAAAAACCAAGCGCUGCGUUACACGGACGCCCAAGGACGGGAUUCCUACCGGCCGGCUUACGAGUUGGAAAACGAACAAGAAGAACGCAUCUCCCGCCACUGAACCUCGACGUCCGGGGCCAGCAUUGGUGGUUUAAGAAGGCCUGGACAAAGUAACUUAGUUCAGGCCAGGCUUAUUAGAGUGGAAAUGAAUGCAUUGGCCAGACCACCCUUGGACCUCUCUAGCCCCGUUGGCCUCUGCUGGACGGAUCUCACGCCCCAAAUUAUUACACAUCUCGCCCAAGACAGUGGGAGGUGGGCCGCGUUGUCCCUUCUCUGGGUUGUAAAGAAAAAGGGAAUAAAACCCUGUUAUUUUCAA